AUGCAACGAGCAGGCCGGCUGAGGCUGAGGCCGUGGCUGGAGGAGCAGAUUCAGUCGGGGAGGUAUCCAGGAGUCAGCUGGGUGGACCAGUCGGCACAAAUCUUCCAAAUCCCGUGGAUACACGCCGCUCGUCACGGAUGGAGUAUCGACCGAGAUGCCACACUGUUCAGGAGUUGGUCCGUGCACACCGGACGAUACCGUCCGGGCAGAGACGAGCCGGACCCCAAGACGUGGAAGGCCAACUUCCGCUGCGCCUUGAAUUCGCUGCGUGACGUCUGCGAGCUGCAGGAGCGCCGCAGGAGGAGAGGCGGCGCCGCACACCGGGUCUACAGGAUGCUGCCCGGCGCGCAGCCGCGCAGACGCAGGAGAGGCCGGGCGGGUCAGAGUGCACGGACCUCCUCGCAGGGGGACAUGUUCUCAGAGAGGCCUCGGGAAAGACGGCCGAGUCUCAUCGACGGCGCACACGCCGCGCAGCCUCGGCCUCCCGCGGCGAGACCCGCUUCAGGCCCGCCGCGGGAGGCCGAGGACCCUGAGGGAGACACGACGGGCAACACGCAAACACACGGUACCUGGGAUGCCAAUCCAGAGGACCAGGAGCAGAAUGAGGCUGUGUUUAAGUUGAUGGACCGCUUCAGCAACGCUGACGUCUGGAACCAGACCGGGGAGCAGAGAGGACGGAGAGCUCACACGCUGUGGGACCACUGGCACUGCGCUGGUGAAGACAACCUGACCUCUCAGCACACAGAGACCGGCGGUGACCCGUUCGGUCCGAACUACAUCAAGGAGCUCUCCGAUUGGCCGAUGCACCACACCGAUGACUCCCCCUGCGUCUCUUCGUGUUACCGCCACCACAUUUGAUUAAAAGCUGAUUUUUAUUUUUAUUUAAAGCUUUCUGCUGUCAGUCUGCUGACCACUGAAGAAGGGAAACGAGAGAGGCCGGGCGGAUGGAGAGAAUACUGCUCCUCUCUGCUGAAGCUCUUGUUCCAAGCCAAGCUUUCCUCUCUGGCAUCACCGCUUCUCUGCGGUUCAACGCCUCAAACUCACUGACACGACACCGAGCUCAGAGGAGACGGAUCCCAUUUCGCUGUCGUGCAGGAUCAGUCACCGCUCCUUCUUUUGUUCGUUUGUACUGGAUAUUUAACAUAAACAGCUUUUAGUUUCACCAAUUUUUAAGUCUUCUAAAAUAUAUAUACUCAGUUUUGUAUAUUGUCAUGCAGCACAUGCAGUUUGUUUGUGUGAUAUUGCACAACCUUGUUUUCUGUUUGUAUUGUUAAAAUAAGUGUGCAAAUAAAAGUACAUUACCAUGU